AUGUGCAGCUGCGCAGAGAGCCCAUGUGUUCGCACACCUGGAGCUGCGAAGCUCUGUGUUUUUGAUUAUAAUUCGGCUUCCUUCCAGGAUGAGGACGUGGAAGGCCCCCGCCAUCGUGGGAAGAAGAAGGGGCCGCAUGGGGCAGCGGCAUACCGCGGGACAGUUCAGCAGCUUGGCGGCAUGCAAGACCCAGACAUCAUUCGCGAGAUCGUGAUCAGUCCGGUGGACAGCGAUCCGUUGCCCACGUUGUUCGUCUCGCAUGGCCUCGGGCCGAUGCCUCUUCUGCGGGACCCCUCUGCACCCUUCCCGCGCAGCCUUGCCGAGCUGCCCCAAAGGCUGCGGCUGGAUGAGCACUUGGUGCGGUGCAUCCUCGUGAUAUCUGCGCAUUGGGAGAGCAGGGACGGGCUUGAGGUGACCUUGCGCCGGACUCAUGCUCAAGGUCUACUUUAUGAUUAUGCCGGAGCAUCCAAAGAGAUGUACGAGGUGCACCACCGCUACCAUCCACCUGGCGAUCCUCAAGUGUCUGGCUGGGUGGUUGACCUUCUUCAGGAAGCGAACCAGGAGAUCCGCGUUAACUCUGCCCGAGCGUUGGACCAUGGUGUCUUCGUUCCACUUCUGCUCAUGCCCAGCUUGGCCUCCGUGCCUGUGGUGCAGCUCAGCCUCCCCGGCUUUCACGGUCGCCGGGGCUCCGAACUUGCACGCCAGUGUCUGGAGGUGGGCAGAGCUUUAUCGCCGCUGCGGUCUCGCGGGGUAUUGAUCUUGGGCAGCGGGCUAUCCACCAACUCCGCCACAAAGCCAGAGCGGCUCGAGAGGUGGACAGAGGAGCUGACACGGCUUUGCAGCGCUUCUUCGGAGGAACGCUUUGAAGGCUUGCGGACCUGGACUUCUACGUUGCCGCAUGCCAGGGAGGUCCACGGCCGUGAAGAGCACCUGUUGCCCUUGCACGUAGCUGCAGGUGCUGCCCGAGAUGAUCCCGGAGAGGCUCUCUGCCAUUGCGUUGAGCAUGGGCUUGUCAUGUCCCACUUCGUCUUCGGCUGGUGGAGACGAACCCGACAUCCACCGCUUGAGAAUUCCCAGUUGCCGAUGGACGAUGACGAGCUCAUGCAGCGCGAAGAUUCGAGCCGAUCUGACAAGGAGGUGCAGAAGAUUAUCCAAGCGGCGAAGCGCAGGCAACUCGAGGAAGCCAGCCUCCUCGGGCUUGAGGGGGUGCCUUCGGUCAGCGGGCCAAGAUUGACGGACGCAAAUCAGCGAGGCUUCUCAAGCUUGAGCUCUGGUCGGUCGAGACCACAAACGGCGGGCAGAUCUGCAGCCCAGGUCCCGCGACCGCGUGCCCAGGGCCGCAACUGGCGCGGGGUGGAGCGACCACCUUCGGCCAGGUUGGAAUUCGAGCGGAUGGACGACUCCACAGCCGACCAACGCUUCCACCUUCAGAGUGGGCCAGGUCCGUCCAGGGCACAUCACCUGGGCUGUGCAGCAGGCCACAGCACCCAGUAUUCCUGCAAAUCCGAGGUUUGGUGGCAGAAGAGCCCUGCGGCAGACAGGCGCCGCCAGGGCGAUUUCGAAAGAUGCACUUUGCCUUCGCAGCAGCCUAGCUGGGAGAGCGAAGUAGGUUACGGUGCAGAGGAGGCCAGUGGUCACUGGCCUUCUGGGAGGCCUCGCAAGGCCGGGGAUCUGCCACCGCUCCCUGGCGCCGAGGGUGGCAAGGCGCAGAGCCUGGGGCUCUUCAUCGUGCCGCCGCCAGAGGCCCCUCAACCUGCAUGGGCGAAGAGUUCAAUCCAACCUCAGGAAGGAGGUGCUUAA